AUGGCGACCGCUGCCAUUCAGAACGUCUCCGACGAGACCCUCCCCAAAGACCCAAUCUCGGUCGAGCCCAUCCAGUCUACACCUGCGCCAAUCGUCGUCGACGAAAAGGCCGCCACCAAUGGCGAUGAUGAAGCUCUGGAGGACGGCAAGGACUCUGAGGAGGCCAACAUGACCGCCGCUCAAAGAAAAAAGGCCAAGAAGAAUGCCAAGAAGAAGGAGAAGAAGAAGCAGCAAAGCGUCUCCGGCAUUCCCAACGAAGAGAAGCCCGAGCAACCCACCGAGUCGGACGCUACUCCUGCCGAGUCCCCCGUGGCCACAGAAACACCCGCCUCAGAUAUCGUUGAGGAGUCUCAGCCCGAGCAGACUAUCACUACGCCCGAGCCGGUGAAGGAGGAAUCCGCGCCGGUCGAAGCUCCCCAGGAGCCUGCCGAAGCACCCUCAGAAGAGAUCCUCGCCAAGACAGAGUCUGCAGAGCCGUCUGUGCAGGAGCCCGAGUCUGCCGAACCCACCACAGAAGAAUCAAAGCCGGCUGAGCCGAUUUCGGAGCCUGUUCAGGAGGAAGCCGCCGCGCCUGCCGCUGAGGCUGCUGUCACCCCAGACGUCGUCCAAGAGACCGCUACCGUCGGAGAGCCUGUUCAGGAGGAGAUUCCUGAAAGGGUCACCGAGAAGGUCGAGCCUGAGAUCGUGGAGGCCCCCAAGAAUGUCGCCGAGGAGAAGACCGAGGCUGAGGUGAAGGAUACCCCCGCCGAAGCUAUCUCUGCACUUGUAGAGGAAUCAAUCCCCGCUCAUGCCGAGGAGAAGGUUGAGGAGGUCAAGGCUGAAGAGCCUGUCGCUACCGAAGAGCCUACCGUCGAGCAAUCGGCCGAAGAGUCUAAGGUUGAAGAGCCUGCUCUGGUUGAGACCGAGAAGGAGACCCCCGCCGAGACCACCGACAAGCUCGCCGAGACUACUACCACUGCUACCCCCACCGAAGAAGCUUCCAUUGAAAAGUCUACUGAGGAAUCCAAGGUCGAGGAGCCCGUUGAGACUCCCGCUGCCGAAGCCGCUAUCGAACAAUCAGUCGAGGAAUCUAAGACCGAAGAGCCUGCCCAGACUGAGGCUGGGAAGACAACCCCCUCCGAGGCCAUUACUGAGGUGACUACUGAGGACCCCGCCGAAACUACAACCGAAGCUGCGACUGAAACUACCGCUGAGCCUAUUGUCAAUGCCGAAGCUCCUGUUGAAGAAGCUAAGGUUGAAGAGCCCGCUAAGGAGGCUUCAGUUGAAGAGCCCGUUGUCGAGGAGCCCGUUGUCGAGGAGCCCGUUGUCGAGGAGCCCGUUGUCGAGGAGCCCGUUGUCGAGGAGCCCAAGGUUGAGGAGCCUGCCCAGGAAACCACCACUGCCCCUGUCGAGACUGCAGAGGCUGCCGAGAAGGUGACUCCCGAGGAGCCUGCUGAGACCAAAAUCGAGGAGACUCCGGUUGAAGAGACUAAGACUCAAGAUGCCCCUGCUGUCAUCGAAGAGCCCAUUGUCAAGGAGGCCGUUGAGGAGCCAGCUACCGAGGCCCCAGUGGAGGAAACCCCAGUGGAGGAAGUCAAGGAGGUUGCCCCUGAGGCUCCCGUUCAGCCUGUCAAUGAUAUCCCUGCUGAGACCCAGCAAGAGGUCGUGGAGGAGCAGAAGAUUUCUGAGCCUGUUUCCGCUGCCGAGCCUGUUGUUGAAGCUCCCGCUGUAGAGGUCUCUACUACCGAAGAGCAGAUUGCCGAGCCUCUCAAGGAAGAGCCCACAGUUGAGUCUAAGACUGAAGACGCUCCAGCUCCGGCUGAAGAGCCAGUUGCUGAGAAGGCCGCUGAGGACCCAGCCACUGAGGUUCCAGUCGAGGAAACCCCUGCUGAAGAAACCAAGGAGGUGAUCGCUGAGGCCCCCGUCGAGGCUAUGGAAGAGACUGUCAAGGAGCCUGCGAAGGACAUCGCAGUCGAAGAGUCCGUAUACAAGGAGGAGGAAACCCCUAUCUCUGUUGAGGCUGUCGCUGCUGAGGCCCCGGCUGCCGAGGAGCACAAGGUUGCUGAGCCCGUCGUCGAAGCUCCGGUUGCUGAGGAGGCCCCUGUUUUCGAAGAGCAGGUUGCCGAGCCGGCCAAGGAGGAGUCCGUUGUCGAAGCUCCUAUCGCCGAAGUUGCACCUACUGUUGAGGAAGCUCCUGUUGUCGAAGCUACUCCUGCUGUGGAAACUCCCGUUGUCAAAGAAGCCCUUAUCGCCGAGGAGGCUCCUAUCGUCGAAGCUCCUGUUGUUGAGGAGGUCGCCGUUGUAGAGGAGCAGGUUGCCGAACCUGUUAAGGAAGAGCCAGUUGUCGAGGCAGCUCCUGUUGCUGAAGCUGCAUUCGCCGUGGAGGAGAUCCAAGUUGCCGAAGAGCCUGUUGCUGAGACUAUCCCUGCUGUCGAAGAGACUGCUGCUGCAGAGGAGCAGGUUGCCGAAGCUGUCAAGGAAGAGCCCAUUGCUGCGGCUCCGGCUGCCGAGGAGACUCUUGCUAUCGAAGAGCCUGCUGCCACUGAAGUGGCUAUCCCUGAGCCUACUUCUGAGCCUGUUGUCGAAGAUUCUCCCAAGGAGCAGAUUCCUGAGUUCGCAGCUGUCGAUGAGCCAGUCCAGGAGGAGCAGGUUUCCGAGCCCAAGGUCGAGGAGCCAGUCCCUAUCCCUGCCGCUGAGCCUGUCGUCGCCGAAACACCUGCUGUCGAGGAGUCAGCUCCGGUGGAGGAGCCUAUUAUCGAGGUUUCCAAGGAGGUUGUUGAGGAAUCCCCCGCAGCUGAGGUUUCUGCACCUGCCGAGGAAUUGAUCGAGGAGCCCACAAAGGCUGUUGAGGAGACCCCUAUCGCCAACAAGGAGCCCCAGGUCGAGACCAAGGUCGAAGAGACUCCCGCUGUCGAAGAGGCCCCCGCGGUUGAAGAGACCCCUGCCGAGGCCAAUGUGGAGGAGACUCCUGCCACCAAGGAUGUUGUAGAUAGCCCCGAGGAGACCAAGGACAGUACAGUGACCCCCGAGGUUGUGGCAGCCGGAGCUGCUGCCGCCGCCGCCGGUGUUGCUGCUGUUGGUGUCGCCUCUGCUCUGCACAACUCUGACGCUAGUCCCGCCGAGGCUGAGCACCAGGACUCCACCGAUAAGAAUGAGCCUGUCGACAACAAGACCGAUACCAGUAAGCUGUCGCCGUUCAAUUUUGCGCAAAAUGCGUCCGUACCAUCCUUCGAUGCUGAUCCGGCUCUUGCAGCCCUUGCUGGCGAUCGUGAAGCCCUUCUCCACAAGCUUCAACAGCCAUCCACCGACCAGUUGACCGCCACUAUCGCCGAGCAACCGUCUGCCAACGACAAGAAGGCCACCGUUGAGACCGAGGCGGAGCCUACUGAGCCGAGCAAGCUGACCCCCGAGUCCGCAGCGAACAAUACGAAUGAGGAAGAGGCUCGUCCAGUGAGCCAGAACCGGUCAGUGACAGCUGUUUCUCUGAAUGGAGGAGGUGACAACUGGCUCAAGGCGUUCUUGCGCACGGUGUUUGUUGGCUUCUUCGGCACAAUCUUUUCUCCUUUCCGCCGUCGUGGAAAGGACCAGAAGUAA